GAAGAGCAGCUGCUACAACGCACUCUCCCACUCUAUCUCUUUUGCUUUGCCGCUAAAACUGCCUCCUCCUCUCUUAUUCUUUCUCUCCCUCCUCCGUCUUUCCAAUGCUCUUUCCGGCGUUCCUUAACUAGUAGAAGCGGAGGAUUUCAGCUGAGGUUGUUAUGUUUGAAGUAAAGUGAAAGUAGUAGGCUGUAUGCGCAGGUGGAGUUUACAUUGGUGGAUGCUGACACCAUGCUGCUGCUCUGUGUGGAUGUGCUCUCCAGGGGAAAAUCCUUAAAAUGAUGGAGGACAAUAAGCAGUUGGCGCAAAGGAUCGACGGAGCCAUCCAAUCUUCCAGUCGUGAAGUGACAAACCUUCGCUCCGAGCUGUGUGCCACCAGCCGCAGACUGGCAGAGCUGGACCCCGGCAGCCCCCCGCCUUUGGAGAACCAUCAUCUGGACUACAGAGAUUCAUCCGUGCACCGCAGACAGAAGGCCCUGGUGGCAGACAUGUGCUACAACACGGACAUCUCCAGUUUGGCUAACUUUGGCUCUCCGGACUGCUCACUCGGGAAAGUGCUGCUGCGUGAGGAGGUGGUGCAGCUGCAGGAGGAGGUGCAGCUGCUGCGUCAGAUGAAGGAGGUGCUGAGUCAGGACAUCGCAGACGCUCGAGGCUCCACCAACGCUCGAGGCUCCACAAACGGCCUGUCCGCGGCCGAGCUCCGCACCCAGCUCGGGGACAAGGAGCAGGAGGUGGAGCGCGCCAAAGAGGCUCUACAAGCGAUGAAAGCGGACCGUAAGCGCCUGAAGGUGGAGAAGUCGGACCUGGUGAGCCAGAUGCAGCAGCUGUACAGCACACUGGAGAGCAGAGAGGAGCAGCUCCGAGAGUUCAUCCGCAACUACGACCAGCACAAGAAGGAGAGUGAGGAUGCGGUGAAGGUGCUGGCCAAAGAGAAGGACCUGCUGGAGAGGGAGAAGUGGGACUUGAGGAGACAGACCAAAGAGGCCACGGAAACAGCCGUGUCUCUGCGUUCUCAGAUCGACCUCAAGGAAAACCGCAUCAAAGAACUGGAGGCUGAGCUCACCAUGGCUAAGCAGUCUUUGGCUACUCUGACCAAGGACGUCCCAAAGCGUCACUCUCUGGCGAUGCCCAUGGAGCCGGUGGUGAACGGGAGUCAGGAGUGGGUGAUGCAUCCGGACCUGCCCCUCACCGCCGCCAUUCGCCAAAGUCAGCAGACCCUGUACCACAGCCACACCACAGACCGACCCGCUGUGGUGAGGAUCAGCCCGGGACACUCCAGACAACCCUCCGUUAUAUCGGACGCCUCUGUUGCCGAUGGCGACCGGUCGUCCACUCCGAGUGACAUCAACUCUCCGCGACACAGGACGCACUCGCUCUGCAAUUCUAUGGAGGAUUUGGAGGACCAGAAGCGUAAGAAGAAGAAGGAGAAGAUGACGCUAGGCUCCUUAUCGCGGGUCUUCACUCGGAGCAAACAGAGGAAGUCCCUGGACCCGGGUCUGUUUGAUGACUGUGACAGCCUGACGCAGAGCCUGUCGGACGGGGAGGAGCAGGAGCGGCAGCAGCAGGCGGAGCUCACCCGCAGCACGUGCAUGUCCCAGUGGAGAGCGGGCGCGGUGCAGGCCUGGCUCGACCUGGUGCUGGGAAUGCCCAUGUACGCACGAGCCUGCGCAGAGAACGUCAAGAGUGGAAAGGUGCUGUUGGGUCUGACAGAUGACGACCUGGAGCAUGGACUGGGCAUCAUUAACCCUCUCCACCGCAGGAAGCUCCGACUGGCCAUAGAGGAUUACAGGAGGGCUGAGGGGGAGCAUGGCUUAGGCCUGUCUAAAGCUUCAGACCUGGACCAUCAGUGGGUCUGCUCCUCUUGGCUGUGUGAGGUGGGCCUUCCUCAGUACUCCCAGGUCUUCCUCACUCACCUAGUCGACGGACGGGUUUUAAAUUCUCUUAAUCGUCGAGACUUAGAGCGAUACCUGAACAUCAGCGACCCUUUCCACCAGACCAGCCUCCUCCUGGGUGUACAGCUGCUGCAGAUGCUCAGCUUUGACAAAGAGGCCCUACACGCACGCCGAGCCAAAUGUGAGCAGCUCGACCGGGACCCCAUUGUCUGGACGUGUCAGCGAGUAAUGAAGUGGGCCCGGGACAUCGACCUCAAGGAGUUUGCAGAUAACCUCCAGAGUAAAGGCGUCCAUGGAGCCGUGCUGGUUCUGGACCCAUCCUUUGACCCAGAGGCCAUGUCCAAAGCCCUGUGCAUCCCGACCAACAGACACAUGCUGCACAGACACUUGUACGAGGAGAUGAAGGCUCUCACCACGCCCCACUGCAGCACUUUUGAACCUGGAAGUGCCUCCUCUUCACCAGUCGUCAUGAACCGAUUUGCAGACGAGAGGAAGUCUAUGAGAAGAUCUGGGAAGAGUCCACUGAGGUUACGAGCCAGUAGUCAUUCUGCAGAGCGCGCCCGAGGCCUCCACCAGUCCAGCACCAGCUCCUGUGCAUCUUUACCCCGAGAGGGCAGAGCGCAGGUGGGGUCGAGGGGCAGGGGCAGUCCCAUGCACACCUACACCAGCGUGGAGAUCACUAAUGUCUGAAAAACCAGCACUACUGUUUACAAACUGUUUACUACUGACAUACUUUGUGCUUUUGAAGGGACUCAAACUUUUGCAGCACGUGCUCUUUCCAUUUGAAUGAUUGGAUUAGGUGUCUGUCGCCCUCUGCUGGCAAUUUAAGGCACUAAAGAAGAUUUAAUCAUAAUUAGCAGCAUGGCUAUUGGUCAGAUUACAGUUACAAAUAGAUUAUUCGUAAUGAGGAAAAUGGAACCAUAGAAAUGAUCUCAACAAGUCUGGUGAAGGAGGACUUUAUACUUAAAAGCCUAAAGGUACACUGUGUAACUUUUCACUUGCUUGUCUCGGUAAAAGAUGUUAUUGCUUUGCCUGCAAUCUUACAUAGUGUGGUGUUUUUACCGCGCAAAUUACACUGACAAAACAUGCAUUCUUAUUAAAAGCAGACUCAGCUCUUCAUGGUGACUGUAUCUUGGUGCUUGUUUCCAUGGAGAUACGCAGAUUUACACUGUGGAACAUUGCAGGCAAAGCAAGUAAUAGACCCUGCAGCAGAAAAGAAGUUACACAGUGCACCUUUAAAUGACUAACCUGUGCGAUUGAAGACUUUUAACUUAUUGGAAUCCAUCUUUGCCUUAUAAAAGCUGAUG